AUGUCUACAUUAAAAAACAACAAUAUCUACAAUAAUAAUGAUGAAUUAAAAAAAGAUGGGGAAAUAAUACCUUUUCAAAGUCAAAUAUAUAUUGGUAAUAGACGUUAUAAAGAACAAUCUUCACCGCCUUUUAAUAAAAGAGUUCGUGGUUUAUCCACAUCGAAUGGAAUGUAUUAUGAUUCAGGAAGAACAAGAGAUGAUCAAUAUUCUUAUUAUCAUAGAAAUGACUACCAUCCUGUUCCUCCCCCUUAUAUAGAUCAUCAUAUUCCAUAUGGAAGAGGAUUAUUAAAUAAUAAUAAUGGUUUUUUUGUUGAUCAUUAA